GUCCAUCCAUCCACGUCAUGCCCAAAUUUGAUCAUCGCGGGGUCGUACCGUGCCAUCACUCUCUCCUUUUCAUGCUUCUCUUUUCUGUCUCCCUCUGGUUUUCAGGGCUCGCACGCACGGAGACGCAUAUGGUCCGUAUUGUGCAGUUUCGCCUCACUGAUCUAAAGAUCGGAAGAAAAAUCCGAUUUCGGAAUUGGGCGAAGAAGGAGGUGUCCAAAGAGGGAUGAGGUGCAUAAGAUCGCCGUCGAUACAUCUGAUGAGUAUUUUCGUAUCAUUAGCGGAAGUGGUGGGAGAUUAUCACGUGCCAACGUGGGCAUCAGCGGUUGCGGGGACCUUUGUGCUCCUCACGCUCGCGUUCUCGAUAUUCCUCGUAUUUGAGCACCUGUCGGCGUAUAAGAACCCGGAGGAGCAAAAAUUUCUCAUCGGCGUCAUCUUAAUGGUUCCAUGCUACUCGAUUGAGUCGUUUAUUUCAUUGGUGAAUCCAUCAAUAAGUGUUGAUAUUGAGAUUUUGCGGGACUGCUAUGAAGCCUUUGCGAUGUAUUGUUUUGGAAGAUACCUUACUGCAUGCUUGGGGGGUGAGGAAAGGACCAUCCGGUUUAUGAAGAGCCAAGGACGCCUUAGUGCCAAAACACCCUUGUUGGAGCAGGGUUAUGAAAAGGGAUAUGUGAAGCACCCAUUCCCGAUGAAGUAUUUCUUAAAACCAUGGAAGCUAGGUCAAUGGUUUUAUCAAGUGAUCAAGUUUGGAAUAGUCCAAUAUAUGAUAAUAAAGUCAUUUACAGCAGUUUUGGCAGUGGUUUUAGAGGCGUUUGGAGUUUAUUGUGAAGGAGAGUUUAACUUACGGUGUGGGUAUAUAUAUAUGGCGAUUGUUCUCAAUUUCAGCCAAUCAUGGGCACUUUAUUGUCUAGUUCAAUUCUAUACUGUCACCAAGGAUGAGUUGGCACAUAUAAAGCCUUUGCCAAAGUUCUUGAUGUUCAAGUCAAUUGUAUUUUUGACGUGGUGGCAAGGUGUGGCAAUUGCAAUACUUUAUGCUUUAGGUUUAUUCAAAAGCCCUAUCGCCCAAAGCUUGCAAUUCAAGUCUAGUGUUCAGGACUUCAUCAUAUGCAUAGAGAUGGGUGUUGCUUCAGUCAUUCACCUUUACGUAUACCCUGCUAAGCCAUAUGUGAUGAUGGGUGACCGUGAUUCAACAAGUGUUUCUGUCCUUGGUGACUAUGCAGAUAUGGAUUGCCCUCCGGACCCUGAUGAGGUUAAGGAUAGUGAGCGCCCCACAAAGCUACGAUUGCCCCAGCCUGACUUUGACAAAAAGAGUGGAAUGACAUUGAAAGAGAGUGUUCGAGACAUCGUCCUUGGUGGUGGUGAAUAUAUUGUGAAUGAUGUCAAGUUCACAGUUACCCAUGCUGUAGAGCCUGUGGAGAAGGGCUUCACGAAGAUCAAUGAAAAAUUUCAUAGGAUUUCCCAAAACAUAAAGAGGAGCGAGAGGGAGAAGAGGAGGAGCAAGGAUGAUAGCUGCAUUGGUGAAUCCACUCCUGCUAAACGAAUUAUCCGAGGUAUAGAUGAUCCUCUUCUCAAUGGAAGCGUGAGUGACAGUGGUGUUUCAAGAAGUAGAAAACCACGUAGAACGUCUGGAUACACCAGUGCAGAGAGUGGUGGUGAGAGCAGUGAUCAUAGUCAUGGAGGGUAUAUAAUCCGAGGAAGAAGAUGGAUCACAAGUGAUUAGGUACAAAGCUGGAGUGUGAGAUUAGCAGAAUGUGAGGGUGAGCAUAUGCUAAAGCAAGUAACUUUCUUGAUGAUAGAAUCUUCUGCAUUUUCCCCAAAAAAAAGGAGGAGGAAGCUGGUUGACUGAAGCUAGGGAAGAAUGGCAACGAUGAAGUUUCUGAGGUUGCUGUUGAAGAAUGGCUUCUUCAAUACUGUUGGGUUUGCGAGUUCUAAGGCUUGACUACUGAAUAGAAAUCCACUUGGUGAAGUUUCAGUUCCUUUCUGUUUCUUUUGAAAAGAGUAGGUGGUGGAACAAAUACCAUGGCACCUUGACUUUUUUGUUGUCGAUGGCUGAACUACUGUUGCUCAGUAUGAUGGAUGAGCAUCCACCAAGUCGUUCCUGGUGAUUGUACUGCAUUUCAGGCUGCAAGCGCUACUAUAUCACUGCGAUCGUCAUUAAAUUUAUCCAAUUCACGAGGUGGCUGCUUGAUGGUUAUAAAACUACCCAGUUUCAUUGUAAAUUAUAUUGCUUUAUUAUUUCACAUUCAGGUGGAUGAGUAACAUUUCUCUCUCCCUCAUCAGAAGUAUUUUAUC